AUGUUCUCUUCGAAAUUCUUGGUUCUCAUCGUCAUCGCCUUCCUCGCCGUUGGAGUCGUUGAAGGGCUGGAGGCCCGCAAUUGGCCAAUGUCCAGCCAGCCAUCGGCCGAGCCGUCGGAGGGACCAGGAGCCAUCAACAAAGCUGGGCACCGCGGACGCCGUGUGCAUCGUGAAGCUGUCGAGAGCCGCAUCUGCAUCCUUCCGUACGUAUGCAUCCCCAUCUAG